CAAAGAAUGGCACAGGAAGUCUUGACUCACUUAAAAGAACAUCCUGAUGCGUGGACAAGAGUUGAUACUAUUUUGGAGUUCUCUCAGAACAUGAAUACCAAAUAUUAUGGACUGCAAAUCUUGGAAAAUGUGAUAAAAACAAGAUGGAAGAUUCUUCCAAGGAACCAGUGUGAAGGUAUUAAAAAAUAUGUUGUCGGCCUAAUUAUCAAGACCUCAUCUGAUCCAACAUGUGUGGAAAAAGAGAAAGUAUAUAUUGGGAAACUGAAUAUGAUUCUCGUUCAGAUACUGAAACAGGAAUGGCCAAAGCACUGGCCAACUUUUAUAAGUGAUAUCGUGGGAGCAAGCAGGACUAGUGAAAGCCUUUGUCAGAACAAUAUGGUGAUUCUUAAACUAUUGAGUGAAGAAGUGUUUGAUUUUUCCAGUGGACAGAUUACUCAAGUAAAAGCUAAGCAUUUGAAAGACAGCAUGUGCAAUGAAUUCUCUCAGAUAUUUCAGCUGUGUCAGUUUGUAAUGGAAAACUCCCAAAAUGCUCCCUUAGUUCAUGCAACUUUGGAAACAUUGCUACGAUUUCUGAACUGGAUUCCUCUGGGAUAUAUAUUUGAGACCAAGUUAAUCAGCACACUAAUAUACAAGUUCUUAAAUGUUCCCAUGUUUCGAAAUGUCUCUUUGAAGUGCCUCACAGAGAUUGCAGGUGUCAGUGUAAGCCAGUAUGAAGAACAGUUUGUAACACUUUUUACAUUGACCAUGAUGCAGUUAAAACAGAUGCUUCCUUUAAAUACCAAUAUCCGACUUGCUUACUCAAAUGGAAAAGAUGAUGAACAGAACUUCAUUCAGAAUCUCAGUUUGUUUCUCUGCACGUUCCUCAAGGAGCAUGGUCAGCUUAUAGAAAAAAGAUUAAAUCUACGGGAAACGUUAAUGGAGGCUCUUCAUUAUAUGUUACUGGUAUCAGAAGUUGAAGAAACUGAAAUUUUCAAGAUUUGUCUUGAAUAUUGGAAUCAUUUAGCUGCUGAGCUCUACAGGGAAAGUCCAUUUUCAACAUCUGCUUCUCCAUUGCUUUCGGGAAGUCAACACUUUGAUGUUCCUCCAAGGAGACAGCUUUAUUUGCCUGUAUUGUCCAAGGUUCGAUUGCUGAUGGUUAGCCGUAUGGCUAAACCUGAAGAAGUCCUAGUUGUGGAAAAUGAUCAAGGGGAAGUAGUACGAGAAUUCAUGAAGGAUACAGAUUCCAUAAACUUGUAUAAAAAUAUGAGGGAAACGUUGGUUUACCUUACGCAUCUGGAUUAUGCAGACACAGAACGAAUUAUGACUGAAAAACUUCACAAUCAAGUGAAUGGAACAGAAUGGUCCUGGAAAAAUUUGAAUACCCUGUGUUGGGCUAUAGGCUCAAUCAGUGGAGCAAUGCAUGAAGAAGAUGAAAAAAGAUUCCUUGUUACAGUAAUUAAGGAUCUCCUGGGACUCUGUGAACAGAAGCGAGGGAAAGACAAUAAAGCCAUUAUUGCAUCAAAUAUAAUGUACAUAGUAGGUCAAUACCCGCGGUUUUUGAGAGCUCACUGGAAAUUUUUGAAGACAGUAGUCAACAAGCUGUUUGAAUUUAUGCAUGAAACCCAUGAUGGCGUCCAGGAUAUGGCAUGUGAUACCUUCAUAAAAAUAGCACAAAAAUGCCGCCGACACUUUGUUCAGGUUCAAGUGGGAGAGGUCAUGCCAUUUAUCGAUGAAAUCUUGAACAAUAUUAAUACAAUCAUCUGUGACCUUCAGCCACAACAGGUGCAUACGUUCUAUGAAGCAGUAGGAUACAUGAUAGGGGCACAGACAGACCAGACUGUGCAGGAGCACCUGAUAGAAAAAUACAUGUUGCUCCCUAAUCAAGUAUGGGACAGCAUAAUUCAACAGGCAACAAAA